UAUGGCAAAUGAAUAUAAACUGAGUUGCCUACUUCCAUUCAUUGCUUUUCUCUUUCACCAGACUCUUAGCUGUCUGUGGAGAAAACAUUGUACCUUCUCAUCCUCCAGCGAAACCCUCAACUUCAGGAAACAUGCGUGAGUGCAUCUCUGUACACAUAGGACAAGCCGGUGCCCAGAUUGGUAAUGCCUGCUGGGAACUCUACUGUCUGGAACAUGGGAUACAGCCGGAUGGACAGAUGCCCAGUGACAAGACCAUUGGAGGAGGAGAUUAUUCUUUCAACACAUUUUUCAGUGAGACUGGAGCUGGAAAGCAUGUCCCCAGGGCUGUUUUUGUAGACCUCGAGCCCACUGUCAUUGAUGAAGUGCGCACUGGAAACUACCGUCAGCUGUUUCACCCUGAGCAGCUAAUCACUGGUAAGGAGGAUGCUGCCAACAACUAUGCCCGUGGACACUACACCAUUGGAAAAGAGAUUAUCGACCUUGUUAUGGACAGGAUCCGCAGACUGUCUGACCAGUGUACAGGCCUUCAGGGCUUCCUGGUUUUCCAUAGCUUUGGUGGAGGAACUGGCUCUGGAUUUACUUCCCUGCUUAUGGAACGUCUCUCUAUGGACUAUGGCAAGAAGUCCAAAUUAGAGUUUUCUAUCUACCCAGCCCCUCAGGUGUCAACUGCUGUGGUGGAGCCGUACAACUCUGUCUUGACCACCCACACCACCUUGGAGCACUCUGACUGUGCCUUUAUGGUGGACAAUGAGGCAAUCUAUGAUAUCUGCCGCAGAAACCUUGACAUCGGGCGCCCCACUUACACCAAUCUGAAUAGGCUUAUUAGCCAGGUUGUGUCCUCCAUUACAGCCUCUCUUCGUUUUGAAGGAUCCCUGAAUGUAGAUCUGACAGAGUUUCAGACCAACUUGGUGCCGUAUCCUCGCAUCCACUUCCCUCUGGCCACAUAUGCCCCAGUGAUAUCUGCCGAGAAGGCAUAUCACGAGCAGCUCACUGUGGCUGAGAUCUCAAACUCUUGCUUUGAGCCUGCCAACCAGAUGGUGAAAUGUGACCCCCGCCUUGGCAAGUACAUGGCUUGCUGUCUUCUGUACCGCGGUGACGUUGUGCCCAAAGAUGUAAAUGCGGCCAUUGCCUCAAUUAAAACCAAGCGAUCUAUCCAGUUUGUUGACUGGUGUCCAACUGGUUUCAAGGUGGGUAUCAACUACCAGCCACCAACUGAGGUUCCUGGGGGAGAUCUGGCCAAGAUGCAGAGGGCUGUGUGCAUGCUGAGCAACACCACGGCUAUAGCAGAGGCCUGGGCUCGACUUGACCACAAGUUUGACCUGAUGUACACCAAGCGGGCCUUUGUUCACUAG